GGCAGAUGUCCAGAAAAUUCUGCACAAUGGGAUAGAGAAAUGAAGUUCCGAGAGGGACAGGGAGUUGCCCGCAGCUGCACAGCACAGUCUUCAGUCUGACCCCGCGGUCCGGUCUCCUGUUUCCACCAUGGCCUUCUGGACACAGCUGACGCUGCUGCUUUGGAAGAAUUUCCUGUAUCGCAAGAGACAGCCGAUCCAGCUCCUGGUGGAGUUGUUGUGGCCUCUCUUCCUAUUCUUUAUCCUGGUGGCCGUCCGCUCUUCCCACCCCCCAUUGGAGCAGCAUGAAUGCCACUUCCCCAGCAAGCCGCUGCCCUCUGCAGGCACCGUGCCCUGGCUCCAGGGUCUCAUCUGCAACCUGAACAACACCUGCUUCCCUCGGCACACGCCCAGUGAGGAGCCAGGUGUCCUCAACAACUUUAAUGACUCCCUGGUCUCCCGGCUCCUGGCAGAUGUCCGUGCUAUUUUGGGGAGCCCCAGGGUCCACAGGAUGUUGGCCAGCCUGGGGAAGCUGAUACCCAAGUUAAGGACUGCACUAGGAGCAAGUGGGAGGCCAGGGUCUUCUGUCUGGCCCCAGUCAAGUGAUCAGCUGCAGGAGAGACCAUCCCUGGCUACUGAGCUGCUGGGAACACUGCUGCGAGGGGAGUCCCUGAGGUCUCUGCUAGACCAAGCCCAAGAGUCAGUGGGCAGCAUUGUGGAAGCAGCAGGGGACUUGGCCCAGCAACUCCUGGUGCUGCCCAGCCUGGCAGAGCUUCAGGCACUACUGCGGAGACCCCGGCAGACAGAUGGCCCCCUGGAAGCAGUGUUAGAAGCCUUCUGUGGGGACAAGGGGCCUAGAGUCCCUAGGAGGCCCUCCCUCAACAGGUAUGAGGCCAGUGACCCGGAGGAGGUGGUGAUGCAGGAGCCAGCCCUACCUGACCAUGGCCUGAGCCCUGCCUGUGCUGAGAUGAUGGGGAUCCUGGACAUGCAGCUGCUCUGGAGGCGCCUGAAGCCACUGGUCCUGGGGAAACUGCUGUUUGCACCUGACACGCCCUUCACUCGGCAGCUCAUGGCACAGGUGAACCGGACCUUCCAGGAGCUGACUGUAUUGAAGGAUCUCCAGGAGGUGUGGGGGGUGCUGGGACCCCAGCUCUUCAACUUCCUGAAUGACAGUGCAAAUAUAGCCAUGCUGCAGAGGCUCCUGCAAAUUCAGAACAAAGGAAAGAGGCAGCCAGGACCCCGAGGCCUGCACCAGGAGGAGGCUCUUCAAGCCUUUCUGGAUCCCUCUAGCGGUGGCUACAGCUGGAAGGAAGCUUAUGCAGAUGUGGAGCUUCUGGUGGGCAUACUGGGCCGUGCUAUGGAGUGCGUGAGCCUGGACAAGCUGGAGGCAGCACCCUCGGAGGCAGCCCUGGUGGAGCGGGCUCUGGAGCUGCUUGCCGAGCACCGCUUCUGGGCAGGGGUUGUCUUCCUGGGCCCCAACGAUCCCCGGGAUGAAGAGCUGCUCCGCGGCCCAGGCCACGUGCGCAUCAAGAUCCGCAUGGACAUUGACAAUGUCGUCAAAACCAAUAAGAUCAGGGACAGGUUUUGGAAACCUGGCCCGGACGCUGACCCCCUGACAGACCUGCGCUAUGUGUGGGGUGGCUUCGUGUACCUGCAGGACCUGCUGGAGCAUGCAGCAGUGCGUGUGCUCAGCGGCCAUGCACCCCGUGCCAGCCUCUACCUGCAGCAGAUGCCCUACCCGUGCUACGUGGAUGACGGGUUCCUGCGUGUGCUGGGCCGGUCGCUGCCACUCUUCCUGACACUGUCCUGGAUCUACUCAGUGUCACUGACCGUGAAGGCCCUGGUGCGGGAGAAGGAGACGCGGCUGCGCUAUACCAUGCACGCCAUGGGGCUCGGCCGCGCUGUGCUGUGGCUGGGGUGGUUCCUCAGCUGCCUUGGGCCCUUCCUUCUCAGCACGGCACUGCUGGUGAUGGUGCUCAAGCUGGGGGACAUCCUCCCCUAUAGCCACCCGGUCGUACUCUUCUUGUUCCUGGCGGCCUUCGCCGUGGCCACGGUGGUCCAGAGCUGCUUGCUGAGCGUCUUCUUCUCCCAGGCCAACCUGGCAGCCGCCUGCGGGGGCCUCGUGUACUUCGUGCUCUAUCUGCCCUACGUGCUGUGCGUGGCCUGGAGGGACCAGCUGCCCGCGGGCGGCCGCGUGGCCAUGAGCAUUCUGUCACCGGUGGCCUUUGGCUUUGGCUGUGAGAGCCUGGCGCUGCUGGAGGAGCAAGGCGAGGGCGCACAGUGGCACAACAUGGGCACUGGGCCUGCAGCUGAUGUCUUCAGCCUGGCCCAGGUCUCGGGCCUUCUGCUGCUGGAUGCCGUGCUCUAUGGUCUCACCACUUGGUACCUGGAGACUGUGUGCCCAGGCCAGUAUGGGAUCCCUGAACCAUGGAACUUUCCCUUUCGGAGGAGCUACUGGUUUGGGCCUAGACCCCCCAAGAGUUCUGACCUGCCCCCAGCCUGGCAGGACCCACAGGAGCUGGUGGAGGAGGCUCCGUCCGGCCUGAUUCCAGGCGUCUCCAUACGGGGCCUAGAAAAGCGCUUUCCUGGCAACCCAACACCGGCCCUCUACGGGCUCAGCCUGGACUUCUACCAGAGCCACAUCACCGCCUUCCUGGGCCCCAACGGCGCUGGCAAGACAACUACAAUGUCCAUCCUGAGUGGCCUCUUUCCACCCACUGCUGGCUCCGCCUAUGUCCUGGGCCAUAACGUCCAGUCCGGCAUGGCCGCCAUCCGGCCCCACCUGGGCGUCUGCCCUCAGUACAAUGUGCUGUUUGACAUGCUGACCGUGGACGAGCACAUCUGGUUCUACGGUCGGUUGAAGGGUCUGAGUGCGGCUGCCGUGGGCCCAGAGCAGGACCUGCUGCUGCAGGAUGUAGGGCUUGUCCCCAAGCGGCACGCACAGACACGCCACCUCUCAGGAGGGAUGCAACGAAAGCUGUCAGUGGCCAUUGCUUUUGUGGGUGGCUCCCGAGUCGUUAUCCUGGAUGAGCCUACAGCUGGUGUGGACCCUGCUUCCCGUCGCAGCAUUUGGGAGCUGCUGCUUAAAUACCGGGAAGGUCGCACACUGAUCCUUUCUACCCACCACCUGGAUGAGGCGGAGCUACUGGGAGACCGGAUAGCAGUGGUGGCAGGUGGCCGCCUACGCUGCUGUGGCUCCCCACUCUUCCUGCGCCGUCGCUUGGGAUCUGGCUACUACCUGAGGCUGGCAAAGGGUCCCCAGUCCCUGGCCACCAGCACAAAGGGUGACACUGACUUGAAGGACAGCGUGGAUGACAGGCAGGAGAGGGAGCUGGGCAGUCAUGGCAGCAAGGCUGGUACACCCCGCCUGCUGGCAGUGGUGCAGCACCAGGUGCCCGGGGCACGGGUGGUCGAGGACCUAUCGCAUGAGCUGCUGCUGGUGCUGCCCUAUGAGGGAGCCCUGGAUGGCAGCUUCGCCAAGCUCUUCCAUGAGCUGGACCAGCGACUGGGGGAGCUGGGGCUGACCGGCUAUGGGAUCUCCGACACCAGCCUCGAGGAGAUCUUCCUGAAGGUGGUGGAAGCCUGUGCUGUGGACACAGACCCAGAGGGUGCGGCUGCAGAUGGUCGCCACAGACAACACCCCCGUCUAGGCGUUACUCAACCAAAGGUGACCCAGGGGCUCAGGAUUCUGCCAGAGGAGUCAGCCCUGGAAGAUAGGGACCUGGCUGGCUCUGCCCCAGAGACACAGGCCCUGCAGGUCUCUGGGCCGGACAUCGUGGGCCGGGUACAGGGCUGGACACUGACCUGCCAGCAGCUCCGAGCCCUGCUUCUCAAGCGCUUUCUGCUUGCCUCCCGUAGCCGCCGUGGUCUGUUCUCACAGAUCCUGCUGCCUGCCCUGUUUGUGGCCCUGGCUUUGAUGUUCAGCCUCAUCGUGCCGCCUUUCCAGUACUACCCAGCUCUGCAGCUCAGUCCCAGCAUGUAUGGUGCCCAGGUAUCCUUCUUCAGUGAGGAUGCUCCAGGGAGCCCCGAGGGUGCCCGCCUGCUGGAGGCACUGCUGGAGGAGGCAGGAUUGGAGAAUCCCUACUUGCAUAACAGCUCCCAAAGGCCCCCCAAGUGUAUGCAGCCCACCGUCUGCUGGUUCUCCGUGCCCAAGAUUCCCACAGAAGUGGCGGAGGUCUUGGCCAGUGGCAACUGGACCCCGGAGUUUCCAUCCCCUGCCUGCCAGUGCAGCCAGGCUGGCACCCGCCACCUGCUGCCCAACUGCCCAGCUGCAGCUGGUGGCCCCCCACCACCUCAGGCUCUGACUGACUCGGGCGAAAUUGUGCAGAACCUGACGGGCCGGAACCUGUCUGACUUUCUGGUCAAGACCUACCCACGCCUAGUGCACCAGGGCCUGAAGACUAAGAAAUGGGUGGAUGAGGUCAGGUACGGGGGCAUCUCCUUGGGGGCCCCAGAUGUGGGCCUACCCUCAGGGCGUGAGGUGGGGCGCUCACUGGAGAUGCUGCGUGUGCUGCUGAGUCCCCAACCUGGUGGGGCCAUCGACCGCUUCCUGAAUAACCUCAUAGCAUGGGCUCAUGGCCUGGAUGCUCAGCACAGCCUCAAGAUCUGGUUCAACAACAAGGGCUGGCAUGCCAUGGUGGCCUUUGUCAACCGAGCCCACAAUGCACUCCUACGUGCCCGCCUGCCACCAGGCCCCACCCGCCAUGCUCACAGUAUCACCACACUCAACCACCCCCUGAACCUCACUAAGGAGCAGCUAUCUAAGGCCACCCUGAUGGCCUCCUCAGUGGACGUGCUUGUCUCCAUCUGCGUGGUCUUCGCCAUGUCCUUCAUCCCGGCCAGCUUCAUCCUUGUCCUCAUUGAGGAGCGUGUCACCCGAGCCAAACACCUGCAGUUCAUGGGGGGCCUAUCCCCCACUCUUUACUGGCUUGGCAACUUUCUCUGGGAUAUGUGUAACUACUUGGUGCCAGCAUGCAUCGUGGUGCUCAUAUUUCUGGCCUUUCAGCGGAAGGCAUAUGUGUCCCCUGCCAACCUGCCUGCCCUCCUGCUAUUGCUAAUACUAUAUGGCUGGUCGAUCACACCACUCAUGUAUCCAGCCUCCUUCUUCUUCUCUGUGUCCAGCACGGCCUACGUGGUGCUCACCUGCAUCAACCUAUUUAUUGGCAUCAAUGGCAGCAUGGCCACCUUUGUGCUUGAGCUCUUCUCUGAUCAGAAACUGCAGAAUGUGAGCCGGAUCCUGAAACAGGUUUUCCUUAUCUUCCCCCACUUCUGCUUGGGUCGGGGGCUCAUCGAUAUGGUGAGGAAUCAGGCCAUGGCUGAUGCCUUUGAGCUCUUAGGAGAUGGGCGGUUCCAGUCGCCCCUGCACUGGGAGGUGGUUGGCAAGAACCUCUUGGCCAUGGCGGUGCAGGGGCCCCUCUUUCUCCUCUUUACACUUUUGCUGCAGCACCGCACCCGCCUCCUGCCACAGUCAGUGGGGACCAGGGAAGGGUGGCAGGGGCUGGGGUCCAGCUUUGGGCCCACUGAUAUCUCUGUUCCUAGACCCAAGCUGAGACCACUGCUUCCACUGGGAAAGGAGGAUGAGGAUGUGGCUCGGGAGCGGGAGCGGGUGGUUGAAGGGGCCACCCAGGGCGACGUGUUGGUGCUGCGGGAUCUAACCAAGGUGUACCCCUGGCAGAAGAUACCGGCUGUCGACCGUCUAUGCUUGGGGAUCCCCCCCGGUGAGUGUUUUGGGCUGCUGGGCGUGAAUGGAGCAGGGAAGACGUCCACAUUUCGCAUGGUGACUGGGGACAUACUGCCCAGCGGGGGCGAGGUCAUACUGGCAGGCCACAGCGUGACUCAGGAACCAGCCGCAGCGCUCUGUCGCACGGGCUACUGUCCUCAGUCGGAUGCCAUCUUUGAGCUGCUGACAGGCCGGGAGCACGUGGAGCUGUUUGCACGUCUGCGUGGUAUCCCCGAGGCCAAGAUUGUCGAGACAGUAAGCUUGAGCCUGGCGAACCUGGGGCUCCAGCAUUAUGCCGACCAGCCCGUGGGUACCUACAGCGGCGGCUACAAGCGGAAACUGGCAACAGCUGUGGCCCUGGUGGGAGAUCCGAUGAUGGUCUUUCUGGAUGAGCCAACCACCGGCAUGGACCCCAGUGCAAGGCGCUUCCUCUGGAACAGCCUCCUGGCUGUGGUGCGGAAGGGCCGCUCGGUGGUGCUCACCUCGCACAGCAUGGAGGAGUGUGAGGCACUCUGCACGCGCCUGGCCAUCAUGGUGAAUGGGCGGUUCCACUGCCUGGGGAGCCCGCAGCACCUCAAGGGCAGAUUCGGUGCUGGCCACACGCUGACCCUGCGAGUGCCCAUGGGGAAGUCUGAGCCAGUGGUGGCCUUCGUGGCAGCUACGUUCCCAGGGGCUGAGCUGCGGGAGGCUCACGGAAGUCGCCUGCGCUUCCAGCUGCCACCAGGAGGGCGCUGCACCCUAGCUCAUGUCUUUGAAGAGCUGGCUGCACACGGGGCAGAGCAAGGCGUGGAGGACUUCUCAGUGAACCAGACCACCCUGGAGGAGGUGUUCCUGUACUUCUCUGAGAACCAGGGCAAGGAGGAGACCGAGGCGGAUCACCAGGAAGCAGGCGUGGGGGUGGACCCUGGGUUAGGCACACAGGUCCCCAAACUCCUCACCCGGUUCCUGGAUGACCGCCGCAUGACGGAGACAGUGCUCUGAGCCUCCCUCUGUGGGGCUGGAGGGAGGCCCUGGGAGUGACAAAGGCAGGACAGAGGGCCUGGAGCUGGCUCCCAGAGGGCCUGUUCUGCCGGAGGAAAUAAAAAGAAGCUAUCCUGUGAAA